AUGUACGAUGAACAGACAAAGCAGAGACUCGGUCUGCACUCAUCCUACAGCAUGAAGACCAUUGCACCCCAGGCUCUCCUGUUGCUUCUCAUGGCCAAGCUGGCCCUGACCAACCAUCUAGAGGGAUAUCACACAGUCCAGAUGAUACAUGGAUGUACAGCCCUGUCGGAAGGGUACUUCCGUCGCGGAUACUACGAAUUAAACUAUGAUGCCCGAGAUUACAUUGCCUUGAAUGAGGACCUGAACACCUGGACUGCGGUUGGCAAGGCAGCAAAAAUCAUCAGGUACCAGUGGAUGAUGCUCGAUUUUGCAGAAUCAUUGAAGAUAUUCCUAGAGGACAUCUGCGUGCAGACUCUCCAAACACAUCUUAAGAAUGGGAAGGAGAUUUUGCUGAGAACAGACCCCCCCAAAACACAUGUGACCCAUAAGGUGAGAGCAGAUGGGACAAUCACCCUGAGGUGCUGGGCCCUGGACUUCUAUCCAGCUGAGAUCACCCUGACCUGGCAGAGAAAUGGACACAACCACACCCAGGAUAUGGAAAUAAUGGACACCAGGCCUGCAGGGAAUGGGACCUUCCAGAAGUGGGCAGAUGUGGGGGUGACUCCUGGGGAGGAACAGAGCUACACAUGUCAUGUGCAACAUGAGGGGCUGCCUGAGCCCCUCACCCUGAGAUGGGAGCCUCCUCAGCCCUCUGUACCCACCAUCACAAUUGUUACUGGCCUGGUUCUUGGAGCUUUGCUUAUAGGAGCUGUGGUGACUUUUCUGAUAUGGAAAAGGAAGACUAAAGGAUAA